GGAGGGAAAAUGCAGACAUCCUUAAUUAGAUUUCUGCGAUACGUGCGUGCGUAAAUUGGAUGCCUGGGCGCGCACACGCAGCGCAUCACUCCGUGGGCUGCUGUUAUUAGACGCGUUUUUGGAGCGCCCAGAUUCUCUGCUCGUCGCAGCAUCAGAGAGAGCUCCACUUUUAUCCACUUCAAACAUGGCAGAUAAUCGCCCGUGAUUUCUUCUUUCUCCAGGAGAACAUCCUUUUCAUCUGGAAUCCCUUUUUUCGUUGAAUCCCUCGUUGCUUGUGUCGGACAUGGCUCGUCUUUGGAUCCAAUAGAAGGACCUGACCGCGUCAGACGCGUCUGCGGCGCGCGGAGACCAGCGGAGGGGACUCGGAAAGUUGAGCGGCGCGCGGGAGCCGACGCCGUUUCUCUGCUGCUGCGGCUGGAACCACAACAGGAGUGCGCCAUGGUGAGCUCCGUCCUCCUCAUCCUCAGCUGGACGGUGAUCUCUGAGGUCGCGAGGGCCCAGAAUGACACGGAACCGAUCGUGCUGGAGGGGAAAUGCCUCGUAGUGUGCGACUCCAACCCGGCCACGGACUGGAGGUCCUCCACGUCGCCGCUGGGCAUCUCGGUGCGCGCCGCCAACUCCAAGGUGGCUUUCUCCGCAGUCCGGAGCAACAAUCACGAGCCGUCAGAGAUGAGCAAUAAAACAAGAAUAAUCUACUUCGAUCAGGUGCUGGUCAAUAUAGGAAACUACUUUACCCUUGAAUCCGUAUUUUUGUCCCCAAGAAAAGGAGUCUACAGUUUCAACUUUCAUGUGAUUAAAGUGUACCAGAGCCAAACGAUACAGGUGAACCUGAUGUUGAACGGGAAACCAGUCAUCUCCGCCUUCGCCGGCGACAAAGACGUCACCCGCGAGGCAGCCACCAACGGCGUUCUCCUGUUUCUCGAAAAGGAAGACAAGGUCUAUCUAAAGCUGGAAAAGGGAAAUCUGGUUGGCGGAUGGCAAUAUUCGACGUUCUCCGGCUUUCUUGUGUUCCCGCUGUGAAUAAAUAAAAAAAGAGAGAAGAAUUAAUUAAAAAAAAGGACAAGUGCAAGCUUACAGACUACGUCAUGAUGUGUCGUCACAGUAUAAUCGAAACAUUUGCUGCUACAUCUGUUGGAUUUUCGGCCAAUGGUUGAGGUGUUGGAUGCAACAAGGAUAAGACUUUGGAGAUUGUUUUUUUUUGAUGGGAUGUGCCAAACUCCUGUCCAGGUGAAAGACUCUGGAAAUGUUCCCCCCAUUGUUGUCGUACAUUCCUGUGUCUCGCAGCUCAAUGAGAGGAACAUCAACACAUCAGUGUACCCUUCUCCUCAAAAUAUUUCCAGCAUACAAUUUUUUUUUCUCCUUCAUUUCCAUCUGCCUCUUUGAGUGGACACUGUAUAUGCUUCUGUUAUCUACGUAAUGUGUCACCGCUGAAAUGUAUACUUUAAAAAGCGACCGGGCCCUGAGGCAGACGCUGACCUGUGCACUUUUGUUUCUGCAUACUGUCCAGCCAUUUGAAGGAAUACGUGAGAACUCCUGCAAUGUGCUACGUACACACCGGGCAUGUGAUGCGUGUUCAAGAACGCAGUUACUUGAAUGGACUUUUAGCAUAUGAGGUUCACGCUAGACUGUCGCUACACAAUACUAGCCCUUGACUGGAAAAGGCAAAAUUUUUUUCUUCAUUAUCAAUUUUCAAAUGAUUGUUAGCUCUGUGUUUUGAAAAGGACGCCAUCCAUACGCCCCUACCAAAUCCAAGUUUGAUUGAUUUAUUUUCCAGCAGACGUUCAAAAGUCGUUCAUUUUGUAUGUUGAACCUGAAAAUUGACUUAAUCUUAAAGGGGGCCAUACCAUGUUUUUUUUUUAAGUUUUAUAGGGUAAACUAUAUCCAUAUAAAUGAUUAUAUAUUACAUUUGGAACACUAAAAUCGAAAUUAUUUAUAAAAUAUUAGGGUUUUUUUUGGCAUACUCUUUUCAUACUCGGAAGUAAAACGACUCGAUUUUUGCCCAUUUCAUUAUGUAAUCCUAAAAAAAAAAGUUAUAUCGAUGUAGGUCUACAUACUGUAUAACCUUGGCGUUUAUCCCCAAAAUUUGGUACAGACAGAAUGGUGAUGGCUAAUGGGUUCAUUUUGCUGUGAAAUUUGGACAACACCAGAUGAACAUUUCAGGAUUUAUUGAAAUGAUGACAUAAUCUCUGUAUCUAAAAUUCCUCUUUGCUUUCAUGUGGAUCCAUUUACCUUUCUGCUGUUGCUCAAUAAUUCACUUUAAACCAGUUAUCCCAAUUUCAGGCUCACUUUUCCCUCCAGGAAAUAGUCUGCUCCCUUUCUCCUGCCGUCUUUCCAAAUAUCCCUCAUCCAUUUUCUGAUACGUUUAGGAUCCAUCUCAACAUGUUGUGGAGAUUUCUCACCAGCCCAUAAGCUCCUUUCCCACUGAACAAAGUUUGAAUGCUAAAGAAUUAGCUUGAGCUGCUAGCUUCGCGGAGAAAACGUUUGUGUGGGACCGGAACAGACUCUUCCUGGAGGAGGCGGUUCUCACCUUGUGACAUCAGCGCGUAAGAACCCGCUCAUUUUCGUGGGUAUGGGACGGGCUGGUACUGAGAGCACAGUUUUAGAGGAUUUCUCAGAAAUGCGUGAAUGGAUCAAAAUACCGCUUUGGGGUUGUUUAUAGAGAGGGAUGAACAGUAGAAUACAUUUAAAAGCUCAAAAAGUUGAUUGUUCAUGAUAUGGCCCCUUUAAGUAGUGAAGCGUGAGCCCAAAACGUGCAAAUAUGCAUAAACUUCCCAUUGAAAGUGGCCACAUGAGCACGUGUUGCCAAAGCUGGUGUGAACAUAGCAUUAAUCUGAACAAAGAUCAAGCAAGUUUCAUAGAAUGUGACCCCAGAUAGUGAAUUAUUUUUAUUAUCAUUAUAGUUUUUCAUGGAAUGUAACAGUUGUGCAUCAGGGUGGCUCAGAACCCAAGUAUAACAAGAAAAUCCUCUUUGAUUCUUUUAGUUUUCAGAUGUCUAAGUCAUGCUAAGAUGCUCCGUCUGUAAAUCUGUGUUCCUCUUGUAACCACUAACGGCGUUCUGGUUCAUGUGUGUUAAUAUGUGGCUGAUAAACCUGCAGCCCCGCUUCUUCCUCCAGCUGCCCUAGCUACUUUAUUUUUUUCAGUUGAUUGUGUUGUUUGCAGAGAAACAGUUUUCUACUUCUUUUAGACUUUUUGCUCUCAAAAUAAACAGCUAAAAGUUUUUGGGUUUUUUUGCAGUGGUUUUAGUUCUGUAUACAGAACUCAGCUCAGACCACCAAAAUAAAACACGUUAUAUUUGUUCAA